ACAUGCAUCAUAAUAUAUAUAUAUAUAUGAUGCAUAGAUGCAAAGAAAAGUCAUAUAAUUUCCUCAAAUCCCAUCUCUUAAAAAAUAUCAUCAUCAAUGUCUUCUUCCCCUGCUACCUUCAAUGGCGGAUUCCAAGUUACCUCAAACAACAUUCAUGAUCCAACCCCAUCCAUGGUCCAAUCCCUCAUUCCUAAUUCCUCCACUCCACUCCUCCAUUUCUCCGGCGUUCCUUUCUCAUGGGAACACUGUCCAGGAAUCCCCAAGAAAAUGAACAAGGAUCCAUUCAUCAAUAACAAUCUCCUCCCACUCCCUCCCGCCGGAAAUUGCUUCAACACCAAUUCUAACCUAAAAUCGAAAAAGACCAAGAAAACAACACCCAUGGCUCCAAAGGACCCUUUUCUUGCCGCAAUCGUCGAGUGUUCCAGGAGCGACAACGAAGAUGAUGAGGGCGAUAAUCGGGAAAUUAAUUUCUGGAAGGGAUCCAAGGCGGUGACAAGAAUUUUAAGCAAUAGGUUUGGAUUCAUUAAUAUGUAUUCGGCCUCUUGCAAACAAGCAUGUCCGGUUUCCGAAUCAAUUAUUUAUGUAGCCAGGCCAGGCGGUGCACAUUAUCAACGACGCCGCUCCGGUCGUUGAUUGAUGUUUAACCGCGAUGGUGGUAGAUAAGUUGAUGUUUGAAUUAGUUAGUGGAAUCUCAAAACUUAAUUGUGCUUCCAUAUUCUGUGUUUAAUCUAUGGGGUAUAUUUGAUUAAUAAUAAUAGUGUAUAAAUUAU